CUUAGCCCAGGGGCCCAAGAUGCCUGUGCCCAUCGGGGGCCCCCAGCCAGGCAGUUCCGCCCCGUGCGCCCGGGGACACCGCGCCCGGCGGCAGCAGCGGCGGCAGCCGCAGCCCAUUGUCACCAGCAGCGGCGGCGGCCCCGGCAGCCUCCUCCUCCUCUUCCUCUUCCUCCUCCUCCUCUUCAGCAUCCUCGGCAGCGCUCCGGGAGCCCUGCAGCAGCGUCUCUCCAGUUAGAGCGGAGCGGGGAGAGAAGAAAGAGACUGAGACAGAGGUGCAGGCAUCUGUGCCGCGGCUCGGGGCUGAGCAAGAGGAGCAGCGGCGGCAGGGAGGGAGAGGAGGCGAGGAGCCCUCCCGUAGCCGUCCGUCGGCAGCGGGGGACGCGGCAUGCGGUUGUCCGGGCGCAGUGGGCUUUUCUCAGGAGGGAGAUGGGGAGCUGCGAUCUGACCAUGCCUGGGUGAGAGGGGGAAAGGACCAGUCGCGCAGCCCCGCCACCACCAACUAUCACCACCACUACCACCACCACCACCACCACUACCACCACCACCACCAUCUCCUCUCCCUCCUCCUCCUCCUCUCUCUGCGUUAUUGCUCUUAUCUUCUCCACGGCACUCCGCGUUGGAUGGACUGGGGCUGUUUCGUGUGGUGAGACUAAGGAAGAGCCACCGGCGAAAACCAACAAUAUCUCGGAGGAAGAAAAAGAAGAAAGAAGAAAGAAAGAAAAAGAGAAAGAAAGAAAAAAAAAGAGGAAGAAAGAGAGAAGGGGGAGAGUGGAAGAGAGAGUGGGGGAGAGCAAGCGAGCGAGAGAAGGGAAGGCAGGCAAGAAAAUCCCCCCAAUCUUUUAAGUCAAUGCAUAUUGUGGUGACACUGGCAAAGGAGCCCUCACGGUGGAGUCGGCCAGGGCUGUGCGUUCCCAAAAUAUGACCAGGGGUGCUUGGAUGUGUAGUCGGCAGUAUGAUGACGGCUUAAAAAUCUGGUUCGCACCCCGGGAGAACGAGAAACCCUUCACGGAUUCAGAGAGGGCUCAGAAAUGGCGACUGUCCCUGGCAUCGCUCUUGUUUUUCACGGUCCUGUUCUCUGAUCACUUGUGGUUCUGCGCCGAGGCCAAAUUCACGGGGACCGGAGAGAAGGAGCAGCCGCCGCCCGAGAAGCCGGAGCCCGCGGAGCCGGAGCUGCUGGCGGGCAUGGGGGAGCCGGCGCCCCCCGCGCCCCGGCUCCUCGCCCCCCCCUCGCCCUCCCUCCCGCCCUCCCCCGGCAGCAGCGGCGGCGGCAGCCGCGGCAGCCGCACCAACGGCACCGAGCCCCGGCACGGCAAGGCUGCUUUCCUGGGGAACUCCACCGCCAGGCCCCUGGAGACGUGUCCCCCCGCGGGCUCCUCGUCCGGGCAGUGCUUCAGCGUGGGCGACGCGGAGGCGGUGUGCCAGCGGCGAGGGGGCUCGGGGCGGCCGCGGGGCACGGGGCAGAGCCCGGCGCCCGGCUGGGACCUGACGGAUUUUUACCUUUCCUUUUGUAAUUCCUACACACUUUGGGAGUUGUUCGCCGGGUUGUCCAAUCCGGACACUUUGAACUGCAGUCUGGAUGUGGUGCUGAAGGGGGAAGGCUCCUGCAGCCAGUGCGUCCAGGCUUACCAGCGCUACGACCAGCACGCUCAGGAGAAAUACGAAGAGUUUGAGGUUAUGCUCCAGAAAUAUUUACAGUCGGAUGAGUACUCGGUGAAAUCGUGUCCUGAGGAUUGUAAGACUGUCUACAAAGCCUGGCUCUGUUCCCAGUAUUUUGAAGUCACACAGUUUCACUGCAGCAACAGAAUUCCUUGCAAGCAAUACUGUUUGGAGGUUCAAACGAGGUGUCCCUUUAUAUUACCAGACAAUGAUGAUGUCAUCUAUGGAGGACUAUCAAGUUUCAUCUGUACAGGGCUCUAUGAAAACUAUCCAACCAAUGCAGAACCAGAAUGCUGUGAUGUCAGAUGGGGACUAUUAUCAGAUCAUCAACCCAAAGGGACUAUAAAAACAAGUGGCUCAACAAUGUGUCACAGGACAUCGCUCACAGUUUCAUCAGCAUCAAGACUGUGUAACAGCAGACUUAAACUGUGUGUUCUUGUAUUAAUUCUGUUACAUACAGUACUUACAGUCUCAGCAGCACAGAACUCAACAGGACUGGGCUUUGGAAGCAUAACAACUUUGGAAGAUAAUUCAACCAAUGAGGAAUAAAAGAAAGGAUUCAUCUUACAUGAUAGAAACACAACAGGCCCAAAUUACUACAGUAAAAAAUAGCAAAGACUGAGUGCUUUACCCUCAGAGCUCUUCUUGAAUGACAUUUUGGGUAAAAUGAAAAGUAUGGGCCACUACCUAAACAACAAGGACACACAAAUGCAGCUUUUUAUUGACUAAAAGGCUGUUUGGUGACUUAACUUUCUCACACCAUUUUAUACACUGUGUUUUAAUGUUUGGAGUUUCUUUUUUUUUUUGUUUGUUUUUUGCACUUGUUAAUACAGGAUUUUAUUUUUGGGACAGUUUCUCGAGGCUAAAUUAAGUCUUUUCUCUGUCGAUAUAUUUCUAGUCAUUGUGUGUGUUCAUCUGAUAGUUCUGUCUUUUAUGUCCUGUCAGUUUCUAUUAGAGGAAUGACUGCUAUGAUUUCAUGACAUAGCAAAAAAUAAAAUAAAAAAAUUUAAAAAAUUUUAAAAAAGGAAAAAAAAGAAAAAAAAACAGUAAAAAACCCCAAAUAAACCAAAAAAGCCCACAAAAAACCCCAACAAAAACCCACAAAAAGAACAACAAAACAAAAUUUAACCAAAAAAGAUAAAAUAAUAAAAAAAAAAUUUAAAAAAAGCAACCAUUAAAAGAACCCCAAACAAACCUUACUGUCCUCUUAUCCAUGGGAACCAUUCAUUUCCUUUCCCUUUCCCAUCUACCUUCACAGACAACAUACAUUUGCUUCUGUCUGUGUAAUCACAAUGAAUGGGUACACAAUUCCAGUGUGCCUCUGCCACUGUUGCACUAAACAGUUGACUGAGCAAACCCAAAAGGAGCAUGAAGGGGGUUCCUUUUAGCUGAACAAACAAGUGCUCUCCUUACAAGGUGGGAUCGGACAGUUAAAAAGUAUAAAGAAAUAUAUAUAACAAACUGUUGCUCCAAUACCCGUUUUGAAGAAGUCCAGUCCUUUCUCACUGGUCAGUUGAACAGGAGCAGCCUUUUCUAGAUGUGUUAAGUAAAACCAGUUAUGCUCAGCAAGUUGAAUGGUUGGGAAGCCUUCAUAUUGGAGGUGAAGGAUUGACAUUCAUUGUGAAUCACGUUUUGAGUUCUCCUGCUGCCACAUAACCAGCAGCUUUCCAUAACAAAUGGGAGCCAAGAACUUCCAAAAUUCAACUCUUUUUUCACAACUGAAUUACACUAGAAGUCUUUUAACAUCUACAAUACAAAUUAUCUCCUUGGUUUGAUUCCAUUGUUUUUCUAUUGCCUACAUGUUGUUGAAAGUAACUAGUUUAUUAAGAAUGCACAAGAAUGUGUUAGCACAGAUAAAGAAAAUAUUUUUUUUUAAAUAUAUAGGACAACCGUUUUCAUAAAUGUGCAAUAAAAACAGUAAAUAUAUACUAGGAUAUGAGUAGUCAAGAGAAAAGAUUGUAAUAUGCUGGUUUUUCAUUGUUCGGGGUGGUUUUGAAUUUGUUUACUUUUAUUUUUUGUGAGAACAUUUCACCUGCUGAGUGUAUGAGAAUUUGCUUUUUAAAAAGGCUUUUUAGAGUUUACAGUAGAAUCAAUGGAAGGAAAAGUUAAUAAGGGCUGUUUUUAAAAACUUUACAUUCCUUCCUAUUCUCUAACUACACUUGGGAAGUGCACUUUAGAGAUGUUUGCUGUGUAGCUGGGAAAUGAAGGAAAACUAUAGAAAAUGUUCUCUUAGGAAAUAAAAUAUAGUUACCUACUUUCUAGCUAUGAAAUACCCCUUGAUAAAUAUUAAUGUUGUAAGAACAUUUAAUCACUGGUGCAUAAUGCGUUUUUGUAUACAAUUUACGGUCUGUUAAAUUCUGGAGAAAAACAAAAAGAAGAUAACCAUGCUGCUUAAGCGGUUCAAGAUGCACAUGUUAAGCUGCGAAGCUCAAAUAUUUUGCAAGAGUAUUUGUUUUGAUAGUGUUUUGCUACAACCUGGACUGAGGAGCCUAAAACGAUCUGUGCAAAUACAACAACAACAACAAAAAGCACCAGCUAAUGCAAAAUUCUUCAGUACUGGUUUGUUUCUAUAAUUCCUCCCUUCCCUUCCUUGCACAUGCUAUAUUUUGUUCAAUAAAACAUGGUGCUUUUUUAUUUAUUUUCUUUUCUUUUAGAGGCACAUGUAUUAAUUACAGUGAAUUGAUGCAAAAUUGGGGGAAAAUGUAGAAAUGCAAAAGAAAAAGCCUUAACUAAUGGUAGAAUGUAGACUUUUGAAGGACAGAAAUGUUACUGAAAUGUGAUGGAGCAAUAACUGGGCAGUGCUCUGGUACUGUACAACAGCUGAUAAGUCACACUACUGAGAAAGCUCUUACUAGGUGAGCUCUUGUUCAACUGACCUCUUAAUUCUAGUAAGUGUACAUGGUCAGUAAACAGUUUGUUAUAACCUUUAUCUACCUCUGCUGUGCAAAGGCCAUCCAAUAUCCAUUCCUGUGAUGUUUCUCAUGGUUUUUUGUUCACACCAUUACUCACUGUCAUCUAUUUUUACACUGUAACAAUAGAGUACCUAGUCCGGUUCAUCUCGAUUGAAUUGGCACCUGAAGAAGAGUUUUUAUUAUUUCUCUUUUGCUUCAUGAUGAACUAAUGUAGAGAUCUAUCGUUAAGGUAUUUUAUUUCUUCUUUUCUGCUCUUUUUCAUUCUUCAUCCCUUAUUUUUCUAUAAAAAUGUUUUCAAGUGGUGUCAGUGAAAAAUUACUCCUCCACUGCUUGGCUACACUCAGUCAUGUGUCAUACAAUAUGAGAGAGACAGGAGGAAAAACAGUGACAACAACAUCACAUACAUAAUGUAGCCUAAUUAAACUUGGGGAAAAUGAAGCAGAAAACAAUUACAGACUUUCAAUUACAAAUACAAGAUGUAAUAAAUUCAUCCCCCUCUCCCUACCUGGAGUUAGUGCCUGCAGUUCAAUGGUCUGUGAAUUUUCUCUGUCAUCUUUUUGAGGUCUAUUGCUUUAAUUUCUGGAACAAAAAGUCAUGUUGCAGUUGAAUUCUGCUGGGGUAAGUGUUGCCAUUUUCACUCUAGCAGUGUGGUAAGAAGCUUCUCUUGGUGGUACCUGGGAUAUCAGGAGUAGACAAAGACUCUUCUAUGAAGUUAAGCAACAUGUAAUCAUGUAUGAUGCAAAAUUCCAUUCCAUCCAUUCUUCAUUCGUAAUAAUUUUCCUGGCACAAACUUAAGCAUGCUUGAUAUUGUGCACAUAUUACUUUUUUUCAGAAUAAAUUUGCAUCUUGCCACUGCUAUAA